AUGAACCGAUUCGGUUAUUGAGAACCGAGUCGAGACUUGUUACCAGGUUUUUAAGCACCCCUAUAAAAAGGCUAAAGAGAACACCUCUCUCUCAUCUCUGGAAACUAGGGUUCUUGCUUCUUCGCUUGCCGCCGCUAAGCUCUUCACCUUCGUCUACAGAAUGGAUUCUCAGAUUAAGCAUGCCGUGGUGGUGAAAGUGAUGGGACGUACGGGGUCAAGGGGUCAGGUGACUCAGGUUCGAGUGAAGUUCACAGACUCUGAUCGUUUCAUUAUGCGCAAUGUUAAAGGACCUGUGAGGGAGGGAGACAUCCUCACCUUGCUCGAGUCCGAGAGAGAAGCCAGGAGACUUCGUUGAUCCCCUUCCUCCUCCACUGGUGGAAGCAAGAACACAGAACCAAAUGUCCGCUUAGUUCUCUUUUUUUUUUUUUUUUUGUUCUUGUUAUUGGAUUAGUGAUUAUGCACUCAGUUGUGUUUGGUUGUUGCUAUAAGACAAUUCUUGGAUUGAUA